AUGUUACCAUAUGCUUUGUUGGGAUACCGAACAACCGUUAGAACAUCAAUUGGAGCAACUCUAUACUUGCUAGUAUAUGGGACAAAAGCAGUGAUACCUGCUGAAGUUGAAAUACCUUCAUUGAGGGUCAAUCAGGAAGCCAAACUGAGCAAUGUUGAUUGGGUUCGUAAUCGGAUUGAACAUUUAGCCUUAAUUGAUGAAAAGAGGAUGACCGAUGUUUGUCAUGACCGAUUAUAUCAACAGAGAAUGAUUCGUGCUUUCAACAAAAAAGUGAGAUCUCGAACAUUUGAAGAAGGACAAUUGGUCCUCAAACGCAUCUUCCCCCAUCAAGAUGAGUAUAAGGAAAAAUUUGCACCCAAUUGGCAAGGACCAUACAUGGUUCGUAAAGUGUUAUCUGGAGGUGCCUUGAUCCUGUCAGAGAUGGAUGACCAAGAGUGGCCAAAACCAAUCAACUCAGAUGUUGUCAAGAGAUACUACAUCUGA